GCCAUGUUUUUUGAUUCAUGAUUACUUGAAAGCUAACCACGAACGGACGAUUCAGCAUAUAAAUUAUCAGACGUUCCAUUGUCGAUUCGAAAAUCUGAUUCUCUAUAUUUUACUACAAAAUUGAUAAACUUACAAUCUUUAAUUUAUAGAUGUAACUGGUCGACUUUAUAAGGACACGCGAGAUUGUCUUUCUUGUGACCGAUCAAGAUACAUAAUGGGUGACACACCUGACCAGAAUGAUCCCCCAAAAGAUCCCCAAGAGUUGGAAAAAUUGGAAGAAGCAAAACUCAAGGCUAAAUUUCCAAAUGCAAUGCUAGGAAGAGGUGGUUCACAUUCUGCCUUUUUACAAAAGAGACUUGCAAAAGGACAAAAGUUUUUUGAUUCUGGUGACUAUCAAAUGGCAAAGCAAAGGCCUGGGAACUUAGCUGCACCAUUCAAAGCUCCAGCAGCACCAGCCAAGCUGCCAACAGGAGAUGCUAUCCCUACGCCUGAGACUGUGCCUCUACGGAAAACAUCCAUUAUUCAGCCUAAAUUCCAGCCCUCCAGUCAGACCUCCUAGCCUUACUGUCAGAUACGAUGCCUUGGCCUCAUAGAUAUGUAACUUGCAUUCCAACUCCAUUGUGAUCAUCCUUCACUUGUAACAUUCACAAAUACAAUGGUACAAGUGAUGUAAUGUUAUUAUAGAUACAUCAUAGUUUUUAAUAAAGAUACUUUUUUCUAAAACUGUUUAUCACAACAAUAAGUUGCUUUCAAUGAGGCCUUAUUAUUUACGAUCAGACAUCUUUUGUGAAUUGCUUUUACACUGCACUUUUUCAUGUAAUGUUGGAAAUGAGACAAGUGUUUAAAAACAACUGUUAUAUUUAUGUAUAAAUGUUUGUUAAAUGCAUGAGUGGGUGAGUGAUAAAAAUGUGCUGUUAACAUUUAGUUCCUCCUGCUAAGUUACAUAUUUUAUGCCUACUAAUCUUUACUAGUUAACAGUAACCUAAGUGACAGGGAUCUGAACUUUUUUAACAUUUGCUAUCCAGGAUCACUUACUAGGAUGCUGUAUGUAAUAUUUAAAGUAGUGUUGCCAUAGAUUAUUGAUAACAUUAAUAUAAUAAUAUCAAAAGUGAAAAGGAAUACUUUCUGCAGUUCAUCUAUUUAUUAUAUGAAAACGCAGUUAUAAUUAAUAUUGACUAUUUCCAAAAUAAAUAAUCAAGGCCUGAACUUUAUUGUAGUCUAUAAUCUAUAAUUUAUCUAUUGUCAUACAACCAUGCAAAUUAUUUUUUGAAAACUAAAUUAAUGGUAUACUGAAACACCUUUAUACCUUUAUAGCGCUCAUUCAUUAAAUGGUGCUAUACAUUAUAGCCAAUUUUGGAAAUAUGUGCAAAAUCAUUUAACAACAUUAUCAUGGACAUUAACAUGUUUUAAGAAGGAAUUUUGAUAAUUUUAAAUUAGACUUUAAAACACUAAUUGUAAGUAAGUUUGUUUUCAUAUGAUUUAUAUCAAAAUCCUAUCACUCAGCACACAAUUGAUGUAAAGAAUAUUGAGAUUUAGACUUACAAUAAGACUUAUACAAAUAAAAACGUAAUAAAA